CGCGAGCCCAUUGAGUGUGGUUCCGGUGGGGUCGAUCACCAGUGAGUGCGUGCCUUUACGCCGCUAUUUUAAACUUACUCGCGUGCUUACCGAACGCGUUACGCGCCAAAAAUUAUUCUUUAUUUAAAUUUUCGGGAACAGACAAAAAAGUUUGUUUAUUUUUUUAUUGUGAAAGUGAUAAUGGACGAAAGAUGAAAGAAAAAUUAGCAGAAAAACAACGAUAUCUAGUGGUAAUUAAGUAAACAAAACCUGCGUUCAGAAAUAAUUAGAGCAUUUUGUGAAAUGUUGUGAAGUUUAGGAUACGUUACGACAAUGAAGAAUAUUAACAGUAACUGUUUUGUGCGAGUUUUUCUAUUUUUUAUGAGUGCAAUUAGUGUUGACGCGGUCCAACGAUUCGUCGAGUUUCCCACGUAUACAGAAGUAAAUCCUGGUGAAGAUGCAUUGCUUACAUGCCGAAUCUCAGACAAGAAAGGAGUGUGUUCGUGGCAAAAGGAUAAUAAGCCUGUCGGUAUCUACAGAGGGAAGUACGAAUGGGCGAACGAGCACAGUCCUGUGGGGGGCGACUGCUCCCUUUGGGUGAGGGCUGCCACUCUACAACUGGACGAUGGACAGUGGCAGUGCCAGGUCACAGCUAGCAAUUACGAUGUACAGGAUGCACUAUCUAGUCCUCCAGCUGCGCUUGCAGUUCGAGUGCCGCCGCAGACGCCUAGGAUCCUAUUCAAUGGUUCCCAUGUGCUGCCGGGACAGAAGAUCACGGUGCCCGCUGGUUCUAGGGCUACCGUGGUGUGUGAGGCGCGGUAUGGAAAUCCCCCAGCGUAUAUAGAGUGGUAUUUAGAUAAAGAACGCCUCACAGCGUGGAGUCAAACCAACGCGUCAGAAGUGGAGCGACCUCGUGUGUGGGCUGCGAGAUCUGUGCUGGAACUCGGUGCUACCAGGUCAGCCCACGGGAGGCAGCUGGCCUGCAGGUCCCACCAUCCAUCGUACCCGUCUCCGUACUAUAGGGACUCAUAUACCAUGCUCGAUGUGACCUUUGUACCUGUAGUCUCAAUAGUGGGUUCUGAUGCGAGUAGUCUAGCAAGUCUGGAAGAAGGUUCCAGCGCUCUUACCCUGGAGUGUAGAGCAGAUGGAAACCCUAGUCCUAACGUGUGGUGGACCAAGGACGGCCAGGUCGUCGCUACUAACGGCCCCAGACUGAUUCGAGUACCGGUGUAUAGAAAUCAUUCAGGUAUCUACGGAUGUCAAGCUAGAAACUCAUUGGGUACUUCAGAAGCUGUUAAAAUAGAAAUCGAUGUAAAAUAUCCUCCGCGCGUGAUAUGGGUCGGUCCGGAUACGGUGGUUGAAGCCAAUUUGUUUACUCAAGUGACGUUGGAGUGUAAAGCGGAGGGUAACCCUCCGCCCAGCUACCAGUGGUACCAUAACCCUACACCUUCCAUGACCUCGCAUCCUGAUGAAGGUUAUCCCAUUUCGUCCACACCACAGUUGCAGCUGCACAAUGUGUCUUACACCCAACAUGGGAGGUACACCUGUGUGGCUAUCAACCAGAUCGGCCUUGAAGAGCGAACACACCAAUCCGAAGCGGUCACGCUGAACGUGCUGGGCCCACCCGUGGGCGCGGAGACGGGCACGGCGCACGCGUGGAGUGGCGGCGAGGCGAAGGUGCAGGCGACCGUGUGCGCCGACCCGCCGCCGCGCCGGGCCGCCUGGCUCUGGGGCAGCUUGCGGCUGGACGUGCCAUCUUCUAUUGGUCGGUACAAAGCCAUCGACGCGUCGAGCGUGAACGGCUGCUACCGCUACACUCUCGUGGUGAGCAGCGUGAGCGUGUCCGACGCGAGAGUGUACGUGCUGCACGUGGAGAACGAGCGCGGCUUCUCGUCGCACGCCGUGUCGCUGACUGUACAUGAUAAUUUUUCGCUAACAGAGACCGCGCACGUGGCUCCGCUCAUAGUGGCCGCUCUUGUUAUAGCGGCGCUUUUGGUUAUAGUCCUGUGUCUCAUUCUACGCUGCAGGAGAAGACGGGAAAGUGUCGAGUACAAAACUGACGAAUUAGAUAGCGAGAAGACAGUGCUACCAGCGGACGCAGUGUACGCGCCGCGCGAGCCAGCUCGGCCACGCGAGCGCGACCCGCGCUACUCGCCCGCCGCGCUGCAGGUGCGCCGCGCCGCCGUGGUGCUGCAGCCCCCCACCACCGUGUGAACUGUGUCUGCACAGGCAGCUUUGUCGUCGCUGGAAAAAGAAGCCAAAGAAAACGUGUAUGCGGUACUAGACCCGCACAUACAAUAUGAGUUAAUGAUAAACAAGCACGGCGAACCGCCUAAGUAUUUAUCGCUGUCUAAACCGCUAACUCACCAAAGAACGCACGCCUUCGACCCGCAAACUUUUAAAGAUAAUGAAAUUAAUAAUAACGAUAUUAUGUUCUCUACUUUCAAACACGAACCGUCGAAAGCUAGGCGGUCUGACAGAAGCAAUAAAAGAAGCGGUAGAAAUAAAAACAAUUAUGUUUGCAACACAAAUUACGAUGUCGAAUAUUCGAGAGAUCCUUUCUUCGGCAAAGUUAGGUCGUCUGAACAGAAUGACGCUUUGGGAAAUAAUAGAUUACGUAGAAGCAAAAAGAAUAUGUAUGAAAAAAACAAUUUUGGACGAAAUGUUAUUAUUGUUCCGGAUAAACUCACUGAUAUUAAUAAGGAAAAUAUGUGUAGGACUUCGCAAAGGAAGAAACAAUAUGUAGUAGAUAAUAAUGUUAAUGAAAAGGAACGCUCUUUUGAAGAUUUAAAAGAGGAACCGAGAGUGAAAUGUCGAAAUAUUGAAGAAGAGCAUAUGCCUCAACCAGGGAAAGUUAAAGAAAUCGCAUCACGAUUCGACAAACACAGCCUCAAUGAUUUCAAAUAUUUUAAUGUAAAAAAUGAGAGACCUAAGCCUUUACAAAGUUUUUGUGAUCAAAAGUACUUAGACCAUGUGUUCCCAGAUGCUGUAGAAAUUUAAUUUUAUCGUGUGUGAGAUGUAAAUUUAAUUAGAUCUCUUAGUAUAGUAUGAAUGGGAGUGUGAAAACUAAAAAUGAUAUCUGUCUAUUGAUUAUUAGGGAUGCUUCCGAUAAGACUAUAUCUUUAAAGCUAUUAAUAUUUGAUCGAAUAUCUUCUAAUGCCAUACUCUUAAAAUUUUGAUAUCGUAGAAAUCUUAAGCAUUAUUGAGCAUUAAUGACAAUUUUCAAAUAAGCACAAAUUCGUUAACAAAUAUUCUGCUUAUACAUAUAUUGUACUUAACGGAUAAAAAUAAUUUCUUCCAUUUACUUUAACUUAUAUAUAUUAUGUUUAUAUUUUGUUAUUUAGCUCCUAUUGUGUAUAGCUAUUUAAACUUUCGUGCUGGUAUGUUUUUGUAUUGUUGAAUUUUAACAGUAUUAAAAUUUUAAUUGA